AUGGAAACAGAGAUGGUGGAGAACAGAAAUGAUAAGCAUUUGAUAUAUACUUCCAUCCUUAACGAGCUUAAAGCACAACGUCUGAUAACUUUCCCGUUGUUGGUAACCAAUUUUACAUGGUUUGCCAGGAUUGCCAUCACAACUGCAUUUCUCGGGCGUCUAGGGGAGCUUUCCUUGGCCGGAGGCACGCUGGGCGGCACCUUUGCGAACGUGACAGGUUUCGCGGUGUUGAGUGGCCUCUCUGUUGCUAUGGAGCCCAUAUGCGGCCAGGCCUAUGGAGCUAAGAACUUCAAGCUUCUUCACAAGACCCUUGUCAUGUCGAUCUUCCUGUUAUUAUUAGCAAGCAUACCUAUUUCGUUCUUGUGGCUUAAUGUGGACAAGAUCCUCAUUCAGUUAGGCCAGCAAAAAGAUCUUGUCAUCGUGGUGAAGCGGUACCUGUUGUUUCUCCUCCCUGACUUGGUAAUACAGUCAAUCUUGUACCCUCUGAAAGCCUACUUAAGCACUCAGAACCAAGUGGUUCCAAUUAUGUUGAGCUCAGUUCUUGGAUUAGCGUUUCAUAUCCCUGUAAAUGUAGUACUGUCAAAAGCAAAGGGGCUUGAAGGAGUUUCAAUGGGGGUUUGGUUGAGCGAUCUUUUAGUCACUCUUCUCCUUGCUUUCUAUGCAGUAGUUGCAGAACAUGGAAAGGUAGAAAAGUGGAAAGAAGGAGGUUGGUGGGAGCAAGGAGUUCAGGACUGGAAAAGACUGCUUAAACUUUGUGGUCCUUGUUGCCUCACAACUUGUCUCGAAUGGUGGUGUUAUGAGAUCUUAAUGCUACUAGCAGCAAGGCUACCAAAUGCUAAACAAUCUAUAGGAGUUUUAGCAAUUGUUGUAAACUUUGAUUACUUACUUUACUCGGUCAUGAUCUCGCUGGCGACAUCUGCUUCCAUCCGUGUCUCCAAUGAGCUCGGAGCAAAUCAGGCUCGCACAGCACAUCGAUCAGCAUACAUAUCUCUGGGCGCCAGCGUACUUUUAGGCUUCAUUGGCGGGUCAAUAAUGAUAGCCGCCCGAAACAGCUGGGGCAGUUUGUUUAGCCAACAAAAGGAAAUCACAAGGAAUGUGAAAAAGAUGCUACUGAUAAUGGCUACAAUGGAAGUGUUCAACUUUCCCUUGGUAGUGUGUGGAGGAAUAGUGAGAGGAACAGCCAGACCAAACUUGGCAAUGUAUGCAAAUUUAACAGGUUUCUACUUAUUUGCUUUACCUGUAGCCGCAAUUCUAGCUUUCAAAUUCCAUCUUGGAGUUGCUGGAAUAUUGAUUGGCUUCGUGGUUGGAUGCAUCAUUUGCUUGUUUUUGUUGCUGAUAUUUAUAUGGCGUAUUGACUGGGAUGAAGAAGCCAGUAAGGCAAGGAUGCUGACCUCAACUGAGGAUAUCAACAACCAAGAAGAUGAGAAAUCAAGGAACAACAAUGCAGUAGGACAAGCACAAUGA